AUGGGCACGGGGGUGGACAUGGGGGUGGGCAUGGGGGUGGACAUGGGGGUGGGCAUGGGGGUGGACAUGGGGGUGGGCAUGGGGGUGGAGGUGGUGGUGGGCAUACAGGGGGUGUAUAUACUAGAGCAGAACAGCUACAUGGUGGGGAGGGUCUUGGCACGCAUAUACUGGGUUGUGAUAUGGACGGUUGGCCGACUUCCCCAAAGCAAACUGUACUGCCGUCUUGGCACUUCACGCAACGCCAUGGUGCUGCAUAUGCUGAGC